CUCAAUCCCCACCAACGAAAAAUGUCGAAAUUGUUUGCAAUUGUUCUGCUGUUCGUCACAGUCUGCCUGUUCCUGGCGAAUGCUGCCCCUGCCCAAAUACUGGAUGCACAGACCGCUAUCAGCAAGAUAAUUGCUGCCUACAACCGCAUCCCGGGACCGUCGCGAGUCUAUCCCGCGGAGGUGGCCACGCUCAUCGACCCAAACACGUUUGUGCCUCGCAAUUACUUCUUCUAAGUCGGUCGGAAAUGUCCCGUUUCUGCCGUCCUCUGUUGUGUUUACUAGUCUAAUAAGAGUUAAAAACUAAAAAUUCA